AUGUCGGAGACAAAUAUCGAGUGGAAAACUCAUGUUCAAGAUGAAAGAUUUUUCUUUAUUCAACCGUCUUUACCGAUAAAUAUUUGGAAAUCAUUCCAAAGGACAAACAUUCGUUCUAUUUGUGCUUACGAGUCUUCAACACAUUAUUUAUCGAUAGAAAUUGUUAAAUGUUGCCAACGGCGCGGCCGGUUCGAGACUGGUGGUGGUCAUGUAGAUCUGAGGUUUUCAGAAGUUUAG